AUGGCUGCCCAUGGUGGCUGGCCCAGGCCCCAGGCCCCGCGAGGCCUCCGCCCCCCUCAGUCCCUCCUGGCUGCAGAUAAUAGUGAGACUGUGGGACCGUCCAGACUGAGGAUAAUUCCACCCAGGGUAAUGGGACUUAUCAGCACCAAUGCCAUUUACAGCUUGGCCUUAAUCCGAAACGUCUACAACGCUGAGGCAGGUGACAGUUAAACAAUUAAGGAGUCAAUUGGCUAACCUAGUUUACCUCACUCAGAGGCUUCCUAAUGGGGCUGGUUCAGGAGCCCAGUUGCCCAUGAUCCCAAAUCCUGGAAAGUCAUGGCAUCCAAGAAGAACCUUGCUCCCUUCCCCACCCGAAGUUGGAUCAAGGGGUACUUUGCUCUUGCCCCUGCUUCCCAAAAAGUUCAUUUUCAGCAGCAGGGUGAGUAUCCCCUGGACCAGGGGCCAAAUGCAGCCAGCAGGACUGUCCCUAGAACAUGCCUCUCCCCUGCCAGGUCAUACCUCCCGCUCACUGGCGGAGGAAGAGGAGUGCGGGGGGAGUAUAGCUGUCAACGUUUCCCUUUUUAAAAGGGAAAUUCCCUUAUUGUGAAUAGGAUUCCUUGCAAGAAAAGGGAAAAGUUGACAGCUAUGGUGGGGGAGGGCAUCGCCCCCUGCCCACGCUGGGCGCCAUGCCCCCACAGGCAGCGUGCCUCACCCCCAGGAUGCGUGCCAGCCCUGCCCCCGCCUGCUCUCUGCCCCCCG